AUGGCUAGCUGGCUAAAUGAUGAUACAAGUCGAAGGUUGCGUGGAAGUGAUGGAGAUGGUGGCAAUAGGAGAAGCAGCGAUAGAGGCUCCCGAGGUACUGGAAGGCAAAGCAACAGGAGAAGCGUUGGCUCACAUGUUCGCGGUCGUGGUAACGGGGAAAGGGGUCUUAGAAAUGCCAAUCGAUCUGCUGAUAUGUGCUGGGAACUUCAGAAUACAGGCAAUUGCAUUCGUGGCUCACGAUGCAGAUAUUCCCACGAAAGCUCUAAUACCGACGAAGUAAUUCAACAACCUCGUACAAGACCUGAGGAGACAUUGGACCAGCGGGAAGCAAGAAGUACAUAUUCUAGUUGGAAGCGCCUCAUCAAGUCCCGUCCCAGAUCGAACGACAUCUAUACUAUAGAAAGUUUGUGGCAAGGUGCCCUUGAUAUUCUGGAUGGCGAAGACCGAGACUCGAAACAAAUGGUCCCUCGAGAUCUAGAAAAUGACGACUUUUUUGGUCGUGAACACAUUAAAAUUCUUCUGGAGAUGACCACUCAUACGAAUGGUGCUGGAACGUUUGUCAAACUCGUUCAGCCAUUCCUGGACGUCAUGACACAUCAAGCAUUAUUGGACUGCUUAUCCAUCGAUACUUGUGUGGGAAAUCUCUACAACUUUAUCAGUGGCAGUAAUGGAUCUCGUGCGAUCCCAUUUUUCCAAACACUGGUCACAAACUUGCUCGAGACGCACUAUUCCUCCAAUUCUGUGUCGAAAGAUAGUAUCGAAAGAACUCUAAUCGCAAUUUCUACUUGCCUUCGAGAACUCGUUAGACGAGAACGACGUGCAUUAUUCCAUGAUGAUCUCCCCGGUGUCGUUACUUCGCUAGAGACUUCCGUGAGUAUUAUCGGUAUCGAUCGAACUUCAGCAGCUUUCGCAAUAAUUCCUUCUCGUACUCAAGAAAUACAAGGGUUGAUUGCGCGCGCUCAGGGACUUCUUCACCACCCAGAAGAGCAGCAACAAGUUAGUGGCGUCUCUACCACGGCUGUACAAUCAACAUAUCCUCGUGAGAUUAUUUUACCUCACGGGAGACAUGACAACGACCACAUGGACAUCACAGAUAUCAAGAUUCUGCCGACCGAGGAGGAAAUUCGCAGCGAAGCUAUGGAAUUCCUUCCUUCAACGGACCUCGAUCAACCUCACUUUCUUGUGGACCAUGCGGCUAGACUUCUAGAUACACAUUUUCGCUUGUUAAGGCAUGAUAUUUUUGGUGAACUGAAAUCCGCCCUUGGUGGUCUUAUCCUUGCCAUUGAGACAGAGCCAUCGCUCUUGGGCAAUCCGAAGUUCAAUGAUAUUGCAAACAUCAGAGCACACUCUUAUCUGAAGGCGCAAGUUGCCGACAUUACUUUCAAUCAUCGACUAGGUCUGAAGGUCCACGUGUCAUUUGCUCAUCCUCCACAAUUGACCAAAAAAUCCCCAUCAGAGAGGCGGAAGUGGUGGGAUGAAUCAAAGAGACUCGCCGAGGGCGUGUUACUUUGCUUACUCUCAUUCAACGGCACGAGAUGCUCCCCAUUAUUUCUGACCGUCACAAAGAAGUCUACAGCUCCCGAGUCGGAUCACAACUUAGUCUCACACAAAUCACAAGCAAUAAUCACUGCAAAACUUGCCACUCAGAACCCAAAAGACUUCGAGAGCCUGACGCUAUUGAACUCCGGUGCCGUUGAAGGGAUUUUGGUAGAACUUCCUGGUGUAAUACUCUCCACCUUUACGCCUAUUCUCGAGAACCUUCAAGAUAUGCAAAGACUAAACCGAUUCCCUUUUCGACAAUGGAUUUUGCCCGAUCGACGAGGAAUUGGAGGUGCAGCUACUCUGGAUGUGCCACCUCCACUUUCCAGGGGUGAUUUGCUAAUUAACACUUCAGAAGCCACCGUCAAUGAUGCCAGCCUUAUUGAUGAAAUUGAACAACGAACCGAACUUGAUCGUGGACAAAGUGAAGCAUUACUAUCUGCUCUCCUAAGAGAAUUCUGCCACAUUCAGGGACCCCCAGGUACAGGAAAGUCUUUUCUCGGUGUAAGACUUGUCAAAGUCUUAUUGGCAUGCAAGACAGCGAGACUUGGCCCCAUAAUCAUUGUUUGUUACACGAACCAUGCUCUAGACCAAUUCCUUGAACACCUGGUACAAUCUGGCAUCGAGAAAGUUAUUCGAAUAGGUGGACAAAGUAAGUCGGUCAUCCUAGAAGGAAAAAACCUUCGUGUCGUCUCUCAAUGUGAGAGUACAACUCGGCCCGAAGCCCGCACACUUGGGGCAACUUACUCGACUUUGAAAAGCGAAGAGGAAGUUGUUGGGAGACUUCUUCGACAAUUGAAUGGAUUAAAUGGCCAUCCAAUUUGGAAAUCGUUGAAGGAUCACGUCGCUCUACACCAUCCCCAGAUCUUUCAACAGUUUCGUCGUUUCGAUGAAGACGGCUUUGAAGCUGUCGGCGGAGAACCUUUCGAUUUAUGGCUCAAGCAUGACACAGAGAAGCUAGGGCAAGCUCCAGCCUAUUUAAAAGAUCGUACGAUAGAUUACUUGAUAGAUGUCGCGAAUUUCAAUGUACACGCAUUGUUUGGAAAUGAAAAGGUAUCCCUUGCUAGACACUGGGCAGAAGAAGCUCGCAAAGAAGUUACGGACGAGCUACUUGAGUGCAUAACUCGCAUCGAGGGCUUCAAUCGGACGAUACAGAGCGUAUACUCCGAUGUAAACCGGCGUGUCUUGCAAGGAGCGGACAUUAUUGGAGUAACUACAACUGGUCUCGCAACGAAAAUGUCUACUUUGAGACACGUUAAAGCUAAAGUCAUUGUAUGUGAGGAAGCAGGAGAGGUUCUUGAGGCUCAUAUGCUGUCUGCACUUCUACAAAGCCAAGUGGGAGCUCCAUAUAAGCUGGACCGCAGUCAAUUCGAGAGAUUGUCUGUAGGUGAGCCUGGACGGCUCACCCUUCCAAUUGCUCAACUGAACAUUCAGCGUCGUAUGCGUCCCAAUAUAUCGAGACUUAUUAAGACAAUAUAUCCUAGAUUGGUUGACCAUGACGUCACCAAAGUUCUUCCGAGUGUUGUUGGAAUGCGAGAGAGUAUUUACUGGCUUGAUCACAAAAACUUCCAAGACAACACGAAUGGAAACGACGCUGGUAAUAAGUCCCACAGUAAUAUUUGGGAAGUUGAGAUGACAGCAGCACUCGUCAGGCACAUAGUUCGACAGGGUGUGUAUAGUAGCAGCGAUAUCACUGUCUUGACGCCUUACAGUGGACAGCUGCAGAAAUUGCGAAAUCAUAUGCGGAAAGAGUUUGAGAUUGUGCUAUCAGAUCGUGAUGAGGAAGUUCUUGCUAAAGAUGGUCUUAUCACAACAGACGAAGAGCUCGAUGGUUUGUCAAUAACAACAUUCGGAGACAAAAAGUCUCUUGAGAAGAAAAACCUAAGUGAACUUCUCCGCAUCGCUACCGUCGAUAACUUUCAAGGUGAAGAGGCCAAGGUUGUUAUUGUUUCCCUCGUCAGGAGCAACAAAGAGAAGAAUGUUGGGUUUCUCAGAACUACAAACCGUAUCAACGUUCUUCUGAGCCGAGCACAGCACGGCUUGUAUCUAAUUGGCAAUUCAGACACGUACUCCAGUGUAAGAAUGUGGAAGCACGUCCUGGGCAUGCUGGGGGAGACUGAUUCUGUCGGCAAGUCGUUCGCUCUUUGUUGCCCUCGACACCCGGAUACCAAUAUCCAGGUAUUCGAGCCAGAUGACUUCGCAAGAUGGAGCCCCGAAGGCGGUUGCGAAUUGUCCUGCAACAAACGCUUGCCAGAUUAUCUAGAGAAUAUCCCAUGCUCGGUUUUGGUUGAGAAAGAAGUCCCUGAUUGUGGCCACACGGUUACAGUCACAUGCUCUCAGGAUAUCAGCUCAUUGACCUUCAGUUGUCCUACGAUCUGUGACCAGCGAGUCGACCUCCUUGAAAUGAAGUUAUACAAAGAAAUUGACCUUGGAGAUACGCCAAUCAUUGUCCUUGCUUGUGGUCAUUUCUUCACAGCUGAAUCUCUCGACGGAAUGGUUGGAAUGUCUGAAGUUUAUCAACAAGACAUAGAUGGAAACUUUACAGCGAUUAACACAUCCCACUCACUAGCAUCAUCCGUUCCUCAGUGUCCUGAUUGUCAAUGUCCACUUCGACAAUAUGCAACUCUCAGAUACAACCGAGUGAUCAAUCGAGCUGUCAUCGACGAAAUGUCCAAACGAUUUCUCGUGAGCGGUCAAGUCGAACUUCGAGAAUUAGACAACAGAAUUCUUAAAUUGGAACAGGAAUUUGAAAUUUCUGCUCCGGAGUUGAUCCUUGCGGCAGAAGGCAAAUGGGGAGAGAUCAAGACGACCGAAUGGCUCAAGGAGCUGAAUGAUAAAUCUAGACAACUAGAAGGAACAGUGAAGAAGUUCUGCGAGAGAGUCAAAGAUAAACAUCAACCUGCUACAAAACUUCAUGAUGCUAUGGUUACUUCUGUUAGGCAGCGGUCGCUUGAGGAUGCGCUGGGGCGUCUAUUGAUUACGGAGCCGGUAAGAACGUCUCCAAGGGAUCGAAGAAUCGCUUAUGCAGGAACAGGUGCGAUGCUUAGGGUUCAGACUGACACGAGAGAACUUAGAUAUCUCACCAUAGCCGAUAAAUUUCCCAUAGCCCGGAAGCUCCGAGCUCACAAUCUCCCCAUCAAAAUACCUGGUGGUCCUCCAGACCAACUCGCAAAACCCUUUUUUCGAUCUUGCCUUUCAUAUAUUGCGUUAUGUCGUGAUGAAAGCCUUCCAAGACUUGCAGUCGAGGGCAUACUUUAUUAUGCGAAGAUUGCUCUACUUAAUUAUUCGUAUACGCACUCUGCACCCGGUUCUGACUCUGAAUCAAAAAAAUCCUCAUCGCAGAUAGAGAAGGCCAAAGCACUAUUAGACGAAGCAAAGGGAUUUUGUGGUCAGGGAUUUCAAAACGCAAACUCAUUGCUAACUGCAGUGGAAGAAUUGACCAAGUUGUUAGGACGAGAAUGGUACGAAGAAGUCACGAAAGAAGAACUAGAUGCGAUUAAGAAAGCAAUGGUCUCGGGGAGUGGUGGGAUUGCAACUCAUAGUGGUCAUUGGUAUGAAUGUGAGAGGGGACAUCCGUUUGCAAUAGGUGAGUGCGGAAUGCCGAUGGAAGAGGCUAGGUGCCCAGAGUGCGGUGCGAGUAUUGGUGGACAGGAUCAUCAGUUGGUGGAAGGGGUUACGAGAGCGGAAAAUAUGGAGAGAUGA